AUGGAGGAGAGGGGCGAAGGAAAGUGUGUGUGUGGGAGGGGGGUCUUGUCCCCUUCUCUCUCCAGCGCUGGGGCCGGCCCCGGUGCCAGGAGAGGCGGGCCGGUUUCGGGAGGGAGGGCUGCCCGUCCCCCGUCCCCCUCCUUCCACCGGGGCUGGCGGCCAGCCCCGAAGUUGCGGCGAGGCGGGAGGACACACGUCCUGUCCUUCCACCGCCCCCGGGCUCCCCCCAGCCUCCAUCCCCGCAUCCCUCCCGCGCUGUGCCGGCCGUCCCGCCCGGGCAGCCCCGCCGGUCCCGGGGCGGGGGGAGAUGGCUGCCGGGGCUCGGAGGUCGCCGAGACACCUGCUGCCACCGGGCCCCCCCCCGUGCACACCCGCUCCGCUCCCGCUCCCUCCUUCCUCCGCUCCCGUCCCUGCCUCCAGCCGCCGCUGCAGAGCCGCCGCCGCCGCCGCCGCCGCCAAGGACGAGCCGGGACCGACGGCGGCCGCCGGAGCCCCCCGCCAGCCGCGGCGGGGGCCGACCCUGCCCCGGGGGGCUGCCCCGCAGCAGGAGAGGCUUUGCAAGAGCCGAGCCCCCGGUGGGACGAGCCCCGCCGGAGCCGCGGGGCAUGUAGGCACCGAGCAGCGGCGGUCCCGGACGCGCUGGUGGACAUGGGCAGAGCGCCGGCGCACGCUCUGCUACUGUCGAUGGUGCUGGGCUGCUCGGCUGCCUUCACGGACAUCCUGCUGCCCRGCCCCGAGGAGCCGGUGGUCAACGUGGCCGUGGUGUUCGGGGGCACGUCCUACCCCCUGCACAUCCGCUCCCGCCUGAGCCCCCAGAGCUUCCUGGACAUGCCCCUGGAGAUCCACCCCAUCACCGUCGUCGUCAACAACACCAACCCCAGCACCCUCCUCACCCAAAUCUGCGACAUCCUCGCCGGCCACAAGAUCCACGGCAUCGUCUUUGAAGAUAACGUGGGCACGGAGGCCGUGGCCCAGAUCCUGGACUUCAUCUCCUCCCAGACCCAGGUCCCCAUCAUCAGCAUCAGCGGCGGCUCUGCCGUGGUGCUGAGCCCGAAGGAGCCAGGAUCAGCUUUCCUGCAGUUGGGUGUCUCCAUCGAGCAGCAGAUCCAGGUGAUCUUCAAGGUGCUGGAGGAAUACGACUGGGGCUCCUUCGCUGUCAUCACCAGCCUCUACCCAGGCUACAACAUCUUCCUGGACGUCAUCCGCUCCUUCACGGAUGCCAGCUACUUCGGCUGGGAGCUGCAGGAGGUGCUCACCUUCGAGAUGAGCCAGGAGCAGAGCAACUCCAGGACGCAGCGGCUCCUGCGCCAGAUCGACGCCCAGGUCCUGAUCGUUUACUGCUCCCGAGAGGAGGCCGAGUACCUGUUCUCCAUGGCGGAACAAGCCGGGCUGGUGGGGCCGGGCUACGUCUGGAUCGUGCCCAGCAUGACCGUGGGCAACAUGGAGGUGCCGCCCUCCUCCUUCCCCGUCGGCCUCAUCAGCGUGGUGACRGAGAGCUGGAAGCUGAGCCUGCGGCAGAAGGUGCGGGAUGGGGUGGCCAUCAUCGCCAUGGGGGCGGCCAGCUUCUUCCGUGCCCACGGCUACCUGCCGGACGUGGGGCGGGACUGCUGGGCCCCCGCCAGGGCCACCAACACCAACACCAGCUUCUACCGGCACCUCCUCAAUGUGACAUGGGAGCACAGGGACUUCUCCUUCAAUGAAGGUGGCUACCUGGUCAGGCCCACCAUGGUGGUGAUCACGCUCAACCAGCACCGGCUCUGGGAGAUGGUGGGCAAGUGGGACAAAGGCAUCAUCCACAUGAAGUACCCAGUGUGGCCCCGCUACGGCUCCCUCAUGCAGCCCGUGGUGGACAACCGCCACCUGACAGUGGCCACCCUGGAGGAGAGACCCUUUGUCAUCGUGGAGAACACGGACCCCAGCACGGGGGUGUGCGUGCGCAACACCGUGCCCUGCCGCAAGCAGACCAACUCCUCCCAGAGUGGUGAUGGUCUUGUGGAUCCCUACACCAAGCUGUGCUGCAAGGGCUUCUGCAUCGACAUCCUCAAGAAGCUGGCCAAGGCGGUGAAAUUCUCCUAYGACCUCUACCUGGUGACCAACGGCAAGCACGGCAAGAUCGUCCGUGGGGUGUGGAACGGCAUGAUCGGCGAGGUGUACUACAAGCGCGCAGACAUGGCCAUUGGCUCCCUCACCAUCAACGAGGAGCGCUCCGAGAUCGUGGAUUUCUCCGUGCCCUUUGUGGAGACGGGCAUCAGCGUCAUGGUGGCCCGGAGCAACGGCACCGUGUCCCCYUCCGCCUUCCUGGAGCCUUACAGCCCGGCCGUGUGGGUCAUGAUGUUCGUCAUGUGCCUCACUGUGGUGGCCAUCACCGUCUUCGUGUUCGAGUAUUUCAGCCCYGUUGGCUACAACCAGAACCUCACCAGCGCCAAGAGGCCGGGAGGUCCCACCUUCACCAUCGGCAAGUCCGUGUGGCUGCUGUGGGCGCUGGUCUUCAACAACUCAGUGCCCAUCGAGAACCCCAAGGGCACCACCAGCAAGAUCAUGGUGCUCAUCUGGGCCUUCUUCGCCGUCAUCUUCCUCGCCAGCUACACGGCCAACCUGGCCGCCUUCAUGAUCCAGGAGCAGUACAUUGACACCGUGUCGGGGCUCAGCGACAGGAAGUUCCAGAGGCCGCAGGAGCAGUACCCGCCCUUCCGCUUUGGCACUGUCCCCAACGGCAGCACCGAGAGGAACAUCCGCAGCAACUACCCCGACAUGCACACCCACAUGGUGAAAUACAACCAGCGCUCCGUGGAGGACGCCCUCACCAGCCUCAAAAUGGGGAAGCUGGACGCCUUCAUCUACGACGCGGCGGUGCUCAACUACAUGGCGGGCAAGGACGAGGGCUGCAAGCUGGUGACCAUCGGCAGCGGGAAGGUGUUCGCCACCACGGGCUACGGCAUCGCCCUGCAGAAAGACUCACGCUGGAAGCGGGCCAUUGACCUGGCCCUGCUCCAGUUCCUGGGAGACGGUGAGACCCAGAAGCUGGAGACRGUUUGGCUGUCAGGGAUCUGCCAGAAUGAGAAGAACGAGGUGAUGAGCAGCAAGCUGGACAUCGACAACAUGGCCGGGGUUUUCUACAUGCUGCUGGUGGCCAUGGGGCUGAGCCUGCUGGUCUUUGCCUGGGAGCACCUCGUCUACUGGAAGCUGCGUCACUCCGUCCCCAAGUCCCACAAGCUUGAUUUCCUUCUGGCCAUCAGCAGGGGCAUCUACAGCUGCUUCAACGGGGUGCAGACUCUGUCGAGCCCCGGGCGGGCMCCCACACCCGAUGUCACCGCCAGCUCGGCCCAGGCCAACGUGCUGAAGAUGCUGCAGGCGGCCAAGGAGAUGGUGACCACGGCCAGCGUGGGCGGCUCGCUGGAGCAGGCCACCCGCACCAUCGAGGACUGGAGCAACCACAGCGAGCGCCUCCAGACCACCUUCUCCCUGAGGACACCCCAGCUCGUGGUGCAGAACAGCACCGGCGCACACCGGGGCCCCCCCGCCGGCCCGCACCCCGCCGACAGGCUGGGGAGAGCCUACACUCCCAAGGGUGCUCCCCCGGGGCUGCCGCUGCCCCAGCCCGUCCCCGUGGACUCCCGGCUCUACGGGGAGGAGAACUGGAGAGGGGCAAACGAGCACCUCCACCUGCUGCACCCCGUCAAGUUUCGGGGUGGCUGUGUAGGGGAUGAAGCCCUCACAGGUUUCCCCCACCUCCUGGUCAAGACUUCCGCAGGAGGGGAUUAUGGGGAGCAGGUGCUGGUGGGGAACCACAUUGGGGCUCCCCUCCCGCCCGCCACAUCCCUCAGGGACCUCCCACCACCGGACAUCUACAGGGAGCACAAGCGGCCGUCGGGGCGRGGGGACCGGCUACAAAACACCCCCGUGCUCCCGAGGGACGGGGCGCACGGGGGCUCAGGGACYCUGCCCCGGCUGCUCUCGGCAGCGGAGAAGAAGCGGGAGGUGGGCAGCKCCUUCCCGCCUCCAUCCUGCUCUCGCGGAGCCUUCCCGAAAGUCACCAGGACUUGCAGAGCCAAGGGCGAGCCGGCGCGGCCGGAGGCGGCGGUGAUGGAGCGGGAGAAGCCGAGCCGGUGGGCGAGCUCGGCCAGGGCUCCCGGCGAGCGCGGCGASAAGCGGCGUCCCGGGGGGCUACGGCGCUGCGGGGCCGCUCGCCCGCCCGCCCGCGCCGACGUGCCCGACCUGUUCCCCGAAGCCGAAGCCGGCCACGGCUGCGGCUCCCGCUGCCCACAGGCCGCUGGCCGGCUGCCACCGCGCUCGCCCGUCACCAGGCUGCCGUCCUACCGGGAGGCUUGCCGGCAAAACCCCCGUGCCACCGCCACCGUGCCGGCGUGCGCGCCCCACGCCUGCAUGAACUACGCCAACGUGGCUCUGUACGCGGGGCACCUCUCGCGGGGGUCCCCGCCGCCCCGGGAGCACCCCGGAGCGCACCCCUGUGACCGGGGGUCGGGGCGCUGGGACGGCGCCUGCAGAGACUGCGGGAGGCGCGGGGAGCUGGCCUUGCUGCGGGCGGUGGGGACCGAGAGGAGGGACCCGCUGGUGGCCCGCGGGGUGGCGAGUCCCUGCGCCGGCGGGUCCUGGCGGCGGGUGUCCAGCCUGGAGUCGGAGGUGUGAUGGGGACACGGGGGGGUGUCCGCGCCCCUCUGUCUGCCCCUUGGCCGGGUGUCCCCACGGGCCGGCCAGCGCCUCCCGGGUCCCGCACCGCCGGGGAUGCUCCGAGCGGCUCGGCGGGGCCCGGUGAGCUCUUAGGGGGAGUCAGAGGAGCCUGGCAGGAGCUGGUACAUGCUGCGUCGGGCUCUCCCCACGGGCAGGGAGACAUCGGGGACGCCAAACGCAUCGCCGCCGUGUCGCCGUCACCUUUUGGUUUCAUUCAAAGGGACUCGAAACGCCAUGUCCAGGUCAUUAAAGAGACAU